GAGAGCUUCGAAUCCAUCACAGAUCAAGCCUACUACUACAACAAUUAACCAACAUUUGCUCCAAUCUCUAACAUUCUCUUUGAAACUAAUUCUUGAUUUUUCCAUAUAAUUAGUCAUCUCCGGUUUUUUCUUUUUAUUUUUAUUAUUUAUAAGCUUGAAACCAUUCACGUUUUGUCAACCUUUUUUGUGUAUCAAACAAGCGAAUUUCUUAGUUAAAUUUCAAAAAUAUUAUUAAUUUGAUUAGAGAGAUGGAUCGCAUAGCGAAACUGGCAUCCCAGAAGGCGGUGGUGAUCUUCAGCAAGAGCUCAUGUUGCAUGUGCCAUGCAAUCAAGAGAUUGUUCUACGAGCAAGGGGUGAGUCCAGCAAUUUAUGAGCUCGAUGAAGAUGCAAGGGGCAAGGAAAUGGAGUGGACUCUAAUGAGGCUAGGGUGCAAUCCAUCGGUUCCGGCAGUGUUUAUUGGGGGCAAAUUUGUUGGCUCUGCCAACACCAUCAUGACCCUUCAGCUCAAUGGUUCCUUGAAGAACUUGCUCAAAAAUGCAGGAGCUAUUUGGCUUUAAUCAGAGUGCAUGGAGAUGUUGCCCCUAGUCCUACUGGUUUCUAAGUGAAAUUAAACUUGUCUGUAUUUUCCCUUUAUUUUAGUAUUUAGCCGGCUAUACCUUGCAUUUAAAAUAAUCUAUAGAGUUCAAUAUAUCUCAUAUCUACUUAUGCUCUGAAAUUUGGAACUCUUUUUUGAAGUCUACUCUUGAAAG